AUGUUGCUAGCUUUUAUACCUAUAUAGUUGCAUACAUUGCGAUCUCUUUUGACAGGUAUAUUUAACAUUUCUUGUAUUGCAAAUAGUCUUCCAAUAUAUAUAUUAUUACCCAUGACUUAUCUUGCUUAAUACGCAAAUUCUGAAAAUUUUAAAAUGGAAAAAAACCUAGUCAUAAAACUAGGCUGUGAGCCCGUUUCAUCGGUCACAAUGUUCCAAAGAUUAACUUCAAUAAUUUGUGUAGUAAAAAACAAUCGUGACAGCUAUACAGGUAAGGUUAUGAUUUUAAUUGCUAUUUUAUGGUGUUGUGGUAAAGAACGUUUUGUAUGCAGGUAAAUAACGCAAUGCCUCCGGCCAAAAAAAAAAAUGUAAACAAUGCGGUCAUCACGUAAGGCGAGGAACGUCGAUAAAAAUCCUAAACGUAGUAUAUCCUCUACUACAGAACAUAACGCUUCUACACACCUAUAUGUAUGUCAACGCGUGUGCUCAGUAUGUUCCCCCGUCACGCCCUAAUCGUCCCUGGAGACAGAAGCCAGGCACGUGUCCGGUGUCCACCAUUAUAACCACGUGUGAAUGUAGACCGGAGUUUAACCAAUGUAACAAUGAUAGAGAAUGCCCCGGAAUCCAAAAGUGCUGUGACCGUGGAUGCGGUUGUAGAAGAUCUUGUGUAAAUCCAUUCAACAGUAUCCCUGAUAUAAUCCGACCACCAGGAGGAGGUAGCAGAAUCAUUUGUAACCAACAAAAAAAGGUGGGACGUUGUAGAGCAGCAUUCCGAAGAUGGUGGUUCAACCGAAGAACGAAUCAGUGCGAGACAUUUAUCUACGGUGGCUGUGGCGGAAAUAAAAAUAAUUUCGAGACAAGAGAUGAAUGCGAAAGACAAUGUCUACGACGACAAAAUACUUAUCUCCCUGAUAGACGACCACGGAUAUAAAUAAAGAAAGGCCCACGGAUAAAUAUAUUUAUUUGU